GCGGCGCGCAGGCACCGCGGCCAGCGGACGCAGGAAGAGAAAAUCCAUUCAGGAGAGACUCUUCUUCAUUGCCUCAUCCUAUGGAGGAAUCACCACUGCCCAUCUACAUUGAGGAGGGGACAGAAGUCCCGAUUGCCAAAAAGGAGUUGAUUGCUCUUGGCAUCAGGCAAAUCUGGACCCAGAAGACCACAGAAAGCAGAAAUAUGGCAACAAAGGAAAAGCUUCAGUGCUUGAAAGAUUUCCACAAGGACAUCCUCAAACCUUCCCCCGGCAAGAGCCCGGGGACACGGCCUGAGGAUGAGGCAGAAGGAAAGCCGCCCCAGCGGGAGAAGUGGGCGAGCAAGAUUGACUUUCUGCUGUCCGUGGCUGGUGGAUUUAUUGGUUUAGGCAAUGUCUGGCGGUUUCCGUAUCUCUGCUACAAAAAUGGCGGAGGUGCAUUUCUUAUACCUUAUUUCAUUUUCCUGUUUGGGGGAGGUCUUCCCGUGUUUUUCCUGGAGGUGGUGCUAGGACAGUAUACCUCUGAAGGUGGAAUUACAUGCUGGGAAAAGAUCUGCCCUAUUUUCACUGGAAUUGGUUAUGCUUCCAUAGUGAUUGUGUCCCUUCUGAACGUGUACUACAUCGUGAUCCUGGCCUGGGGACUCUACUACCUGUUCCAGUCGUUCCAGAGCGUCCUGCCAUGGGCACACUGCCACCAGAAGUGGAACACGCCGACCUGCGUGGAAGACACUCUCAGGAAGAACAAAACACUCUGGAUAUCACUGAAUGCCACUAACUUCACCUCUCCUGUCACGGAGUUUUGGGAGCGCAACGUACUGAGCUUGUCCUCGGGAAUUGAAGAUAUUGGUAUUAUCAAGUGGGAUCUAGCACUGUGUCUUCUCCUCGUCUGGGUGAUAUGUUUCUUCUGCAUUUGGAAAGGAGUCAAAUCCACUGGGAAAGUAGUGUACAUCACUGCCACAUUCCCAUUCAUCAUGCUCCUUGUUCUGCUCAUCCGUGGUGUGACCCUGCCGGGAGCUGCAGAAGGCAUCAAGUUUUAUCUUUAUCCUGAUAUCUCACGGUUAGCUGACCCACAGGUCUGGAUAGAUGCAGGGACACAAAUCUUCUUCUCAUAUGCAAUCUGCUUAGGAGCAAUGACUUCCCUGGGGAGCUACAACAAGUACAAAUACAACUGCUAUAGGGACUGUUUGCUGCUGGGAUGCCUGAACAGUGGUACCAGUUUUGUGUCUGGCUUCGCAAUUUUUUCCGUCCUGGGCUUCAUGGCACAAGAGCAAGGGGUGAACAUUGCUGAUGUGGCAGAGUCAGGUCCAGGCCUGGCCUUCAUUGCCUACCCAAAAGCUGUGUCCAUGAUGCCGCUGCCCACCUUUUGGGCAAUCCUUUUUUUUAUUAUGCUUCUGUUGCUUGGACUGGAUAGCCAGUUUGUUGAAGUUGAAGGACAGAUCACGUCAUUAGUUGAUCUGCACCCAUCCUUCCUAAGGAAGGGUUACCGACGGGAAAUCUUCAUCGCUAUAGUAUGUUUCCUUAGCUAUCUUCUGGGACUAACUAUGGUGACUGAGGGUGGCAUGUAUGUUUUUCAACUCUUUGACUACUAUGCAGCUAGUGGUGUAUGCCUUUUGUGGGUUGCAUUCUUUGAAUGUAUUGCUGUAGCCUGGGUUUAUGGCGCUGAUAAUAUUUAUGAUGCCAUUGAGGAUAUGAUUGGAUACAGACCUGGUCCCUGGAUGAAAUGGAGCUGGAUUGUGAUCACACCAGUUCUUUGCGUGGGGUGCUUUAUCUUUUCUUUGGCCAAGUACAAACCACUGACCUACAACAAGGUCUACACAUACCCAGACUGGGCAAUUGGCCUGGGCUGGGUUCUUGCCCUUUCCUCCAUGAUCUGCAUCCCUAUGGUGAUGGUCAUCCGCAUCAUACAGUCAGAUGGGUCGCUCAUUGAGGAUAAAAGCGGUGGCUGCCCCCAAGGAAGUGAAUCGGUGGUCCAAAGAAACGGAGAGUGGAACACCCUUCUGCCCCAAUGGAACUUCAAAUGGCGGAUUGAUCAAGCCAACUCAUAUCAUUGUGGAAACCAUGAUGUGAGCUCUCUCUGUGAGAGGAUAAACCUGCUUUAACUGCCGUUUACUAACCAUAGAUUCUCAUAGGACCAGGUUUACAGAGCUUUAUAUUUGCACUAGGAUUUAUUUUUAUUUCUCACAGAGAAAGUUAUUUUUUGUGUGUGGUUUUUUUUUAAUAUUUUGUAAGGUAAUCACAGCAGAUGUCUCUCUGUAGAGGGAGAACUUUCAUAUCAGACUAGACAUAUUACAGGAAUUUGCUAUUAUUGGGUUUUUUUAAAUAUAUAUCUUUAUCUCUAAAUAUUAUACACCUUACCACUUGAAUUGAUUGUCUUGCCAGCAAUACAUUCAAGUCUCAGAAAGCAAUUUUAGGUGCUGGUAUGGUUGGGAGCAGGGUAACCUACAGAACACACAAAAGGAGCUCUGUUGAGAUAUAUGAUUAAAAAAAGACGCUGUUUCAAGAGAAUUUUCAAAGGUGUAGUAUUUCCACCCUCUGGUUCAAUUGUGGUAAACGAUGGGCUUCAGGGUCACAUUAGGGAAAGGGUACAGUUACGUUUAGCACAGUUCCUGAGUAAAGAUAGAGCCGGGCAGCUGGAGCAGAGAGUUUGUGAGGAAGGCAGAGAAGUUGGGUGUGAAGAGUCUUGCAGCCGUCCCUCCCAAGCAUGGCGUUGGGACCCUGUCACACAAACGAGAAGAGGACUUUAGGAAGGCGUUUGCAGGAUGUGGCAUGGUUCACUCUUUUUUUUUUUUCUGUCAUUUUUGUUAGGUUUUGGGUUUUUUUUUACUUAAGUGAAAUGCCUGCUGUUUGUGCAUGAGCGAGGAGGUUGAGUACCUGCUCCUGAGUUUUCCAGCAAAGCAUAUUUUAGUGUGGUGGCACAGGUGUAAACUUGAAUUCUGCAAACUGGGAGGGGCAGCCUGUCCCUGGGGCAGCAGGGCUGAGUGCUGAGGUGCUGAGAGGGGAAAAGCAGCACCUGCCCUCUGGGUGCUUCAGAUGUUCGUUUGCUUAUUUGUUUGCGUGUCAGUUUGGUUUCGGGCGGAAAAAUAGAAGAAUCCCUUCUGGACUCUGACCGUCCAAAGGUGAACACAAACCAGGUCAUACCCAACAGGAGGAACAAAACCACUCACCUACACCUGGUGUAACCGGUAUUUAUAACAGACACGUUGUUAAUAAUAAUAGUAAUGAAGAUAAUAAUAUCACUCAGCAAACAGGUGCUUUUAAUCCAUGUAUCUCAAAAAUGCUUUGCCAAGUUCAGUAAUUUAUUUAUUGGGGGGGGUGGUGUUACUGUUGGGGGAACAGACAAAAGGACUAAGAAAGUCCCUUGUCCCAUGUUACUAAAUAACAGCAGCGGACCUAGGGCCCCCCCAUCUCCUUGCCCAUCAUUGGG